AUGGCUUCUGCUGUUGAUUCUCCCCCGGCGCACUCGCCUCCUGCCCAUCCUCCUCAACGACCUCGAGGCAUCCUCAAGAAUUCGUAUCAAAAAUCCCCUCCCACUUCGCCGAACCACGAUCAGCCUGCCAGCGAUAAGGAGCUCACCAUCGCCAACACUCAGAUCAACGCUGGUCACCGUCGUUCUUCCUCUGGGGCUCGCCCUUCUGGAUCCCGCCGACAAUCAGGCGCCAACAGUUCCAUCGGAGACGUUCUCGAACCCUCCCAGCGACUCAAGUGGGACGAGGCAAACCUCUACCUCACGGAGCAGGAGCGCUCCUCCACCAUGAAGAUCACAGAACCCAAGACUCCCUAUGCCAAACACUACGACCCCGCCGAAGACCCGUCGGACGAAGACGAGGAUCCUCUGGCGGACGCUGGUGCUCGUCUUAAGAAUUCACGUCCAAGCCGUGAGGAUGACAUUCCGGGCCUUUCGCUGGGCGAACCGGAAGAGGAGAUCCCGGAGGCGGGCGCGCCGUCGCCCCGCAGCGAAAAGAGCGUCCACGUCGACGACGAGAGCAGCAUCGGGCACAACGCGGAGGAGGAGCUGGCGGGCAUGUCUCCCGAGGAGCGUGAGAAGCACAGAAAGUUUGAACAGCUCCGAAAGAGGCACUACGAAAUGAAGAAUGUGGCCCAGCUCCUGGGCCACCCCGAGACGCUCCCGGAUGAGGAUGAGGAUGACGAGGGUGAGGUGCCGCCUGUGCCACAGGUACCGCGCGUGGCCAACGGUACUGCGUAG